UUAUGAGUGAUCUAAUGUAAAAAUUAGUUUGUUGGGGGUGUGGGGGCAAUGCCCCCAUGGGUCUGUUUGUCAUCAAAUAUUUGAGCUCCCCUUAAUAUUUCACAAGAUCUCCGCCUAUGUCACGAUUAUAAAUCCGUAUAAUAAUCCGAGUAUAAUCUUUUGACGGGUCUUGUAUAGGCAACCCAAUGUACACGGUCUUAUCAAUGGCCAGGCCAAUUGCUAACUCCACGCUCGUUUUGAAUUUUGAUGAACAAGGGACAACCAAUUUCAGUAUUCAAACAGCAAUGCAGUAUUGCGAUUUUUGAGCCGGAUUGAAAAAAUAAGUCAAAUGGAGUCAAACAACGACAUUGAAACAUAUCCAGGAUUUUGCUCUAAAUGUGGUUCAAUACUACCUUCAUUGAGUAUGGAAGAAUUUAUUAAGUGUUAUUCGUGUAAAACUGUUUUUGGGCCAGAAAUUUAUGGAAAUUCUGUAGCAGAAUACAACAUUAUUUUGAACUCUGUAGAAGAUAUUGAUAAUGUGGUAAAAACUGAAUAUAACAAAAAUGAUGCAGAUGAUGGACCAAUUGCCGAGAGAAGAUGUAGCAUAUGCGGUCACAACCAGAUGUCCUAUGCUGCUGUGCAGUUAAGAUCAGCCGAUGAAGGACAAACCGUGUUUUACACUUGUCUGAAAUGCAAAUUCACAGAAUCAGAAAACUCUUAAAACAAUUUCAAAACCCUGGAAUCUAUUUUUGUACAUAACAAUCAAGUUGAAUAAAGUUGUUCUUAUUUUUAAACA